ACAACCCCACCCCCUUUCCUCUUUCUUUCUACAGUAUAUACUAACCCAUCUCAACCCCCUUUCAUUGCACAUCAACUACUUAGCUUUUGAAAUCACUUCUUGAAACUCAUACAUAUAUUUCAAGAAAGAGCUAUACAUCUAGAUAUACAAGAAUGAUGAUACAUCAAAGAGAAGAUCAUUUGGGGCUCACUCUAAGCUUGAACUUCCAAACAGGAACUCACCAACCUUCAUUAUCUUCCUCACCGCUACAACUAAAUCAAACACCUUCCCUGGCCUCCUCAUCAACUCACUCACAUUUCAACCUCCACAACACCACCACUUUAACCAAACAAACCUCAGAUCGGAGCUUGUUCGAGACAUGCAGAGUGGAAACGAGGUCGUUUUUAAAGGGAAUCGACGUCAACCGGCUGCCGACGAUGACGGUAGACAUGGAAGAAGAAGCUGGCGUGUCUUCACCGAACAGUACAAUAUCAAGUGUUAGUGGAAAAAGAAGAAGUCUAGAGAGAUCUGAGCUGGGUAACAAUAGUGAUGAUCUUAUAGAUUGUGAUGAUGAAGAUGGUGAUAAUUCUAGAAAAAAGCUGAGGCUUUCUAAAGAUCAGGCUGCUAUUCUUGAAGAUAGCUUCAAGGAACAUAAUACUCUUAAUCCAAAACAGAAGCUGGCUUUGGCAAAAAGACUAGGUUUGAGACCUCGUCAGGUGGAGGUCUGGUUCCAGAACAGAAGGGCUAGGACUAAGUUGAAGCAAACUGAGGUUGAUUGUGAGUUCCUAAAGAGAUGUUGCGAGAAUCUAACCGAGGAAAAUAGGAGAUUGCAGAAGGAGGUUCAGGAUCUGAGGGCUCUUAAAUCAUCCCCACAGUUUUAUAUGCAAAUGGCCCCUCCCACAACCCUGACCAUGUGCCCUUCAUGUGAGCGUGUCUCAGCCCCAGUGUCGUCAGCUGCCUCACCGUCGACCACACCUGUUCAGCCACUCCAUUCGGGUUCUAGUCACCAUCGGGUCCCUUUUAACCCAUGGGCCAUUAAGCCUGCUGCUCAACAACUGCUCAAUGCAACCCACCAUAGACCAUGAUGUUGGUUUAAACUAGUGGAAUAUGCAAUGGAGAAAUGAGGAAUGUUUAGUUGUUUAAUAGGAGUAUCUCUUUGUCGUACGUUUGUGAAUAAUCUGAAAGAUGUAGGAUUUGGUGGUUGUAAUGUGAUAUGGUAGGGUCUGAAUAUAUUAAGUAACAAAGCUUGUACUAGGUUUUACUA